AUGUUCGCCUCGGUGUUGCAGGCGCUGGUGUACCGGGACGGCGGGAACCUGGUGUCGGGCUCGCUGGACGCGCUGGUGCAGCACGUGGUGCCCACGGCCGACUACUACCCGGACCGCGCCUACCUGUUCGCCUUCCUGCUCAGCUCGCGGCUCUUCAUCAAGCCGCACGAGCUGCUGGGCGAGGUGUGCGCCAUCUGCGAGCAGCAGCAGAAGCUCGGCGAGAAGCACCCAGCGCACAAGGAGCGGCUGAGUCGGUUCGUGCCGCGGCUGGUGCAGCUGCUGGGCGAGUGGAGCGAGACGUUCCCGUACGACUUCCGCGACGAGCGCGUGAUGGCGCACGUGCGUGCGCUCACGCAGCAGUGCGUGACGGCCGAGCCGGGCGUGCGUCGCGACGUGUCGGCGCUGCUGCAGGCGCUGCUGCACCGCCUCACGCAGCUCGAGGCCUACGAGGAGCGCCUGCGCUCCAUGGCCCAGGAGGGCGCCGCCGGCUCCGUCGAGGCGCUCAGCCCGCUGGACAUCACGGAGCUGUGUCCGUCGCCGUUGGUGCUGGCGCAGCAGCUGACGCACGUGGAACUGGAGAGGCUGUCGUACAUCGGUCCCGAGGAGUUCGUGCAGGCCUUCGCCAAGGAGAACCCCCAUCUGGAGACAUCGUUCAAGGACAUGAAGAAGACGCGCAACCUCGAGUCGUACGUGCAGUGGUUCAACAGGCUCUCCUACUUCGUCGCCACCGAAGUGUGCAAGCACGUGAAGAAGAAGCAGCGCGUCAAGGUGAUGGAGUACUGGAUCGAGGUGGCGCGCGAGUGCUUCAACAUCGGCAACUUCAACUCGCUGAUGGCCAUCAUCGCCGGCCUCAACAUGUCGCCAGUGUCUCGCCUCAAGAAGACGUGGAGCAAGGUGCAGUCGGCCAAGUUCUCGAUCCUGGAGCACCAGAUGGACCCCUCGUCCAACUUCAGCAGCUACAGGUCGACGCUGAAGGCGGCCAUGUGGCGGUCGGCCGGCGCCACGGACGAGCGCCAGCGCAUCGUCAUCCCCUUCUUCUCGCUGCUCGUCAAGGACCUCUACUUCCUCAACGAAGGCUGCGCCAACAAGUUACCAAACGGGCACAUCAACUUCGAGAAGUUCUGGCAGCUGGCCAAGCAAGUGACGGAGUUCAUCACGUGGAAGCAGGUGUCCUGCCCGUUCGAGAAGAACACCAAAGUCAUCACCUUCCUGCAAGCCAGUCCCGUGCUCACCGAAAACGCCUUGGCGCUGGCGUCUUUCGAGUGCGAGCCGCCUGAGAACAACCACGAGAAGGAGCGCUGCAAGUCUCUCAAAGCUGAGCUGAGUUCCUGAAACGGGUGUCCGCCACUCAGAAGUUCGCACGCCUGCAUGUCCUGCUGGCUGCACAAGAAUCCGUGACUGCGAGAACUCGUCGACAACAGGGGCAGCCCACGGCUCUACCACACAUCUACCGUACAGCUGUUGGUCAACUAUUCUUGUCGUAAUGCAUUUGGAUGUCCGUCGAGACGAUUCAUCAGCAGAAGAGUACUGGGGAGUACAAAAUCGUGAUACUGUCGAGUGUCAGCUGAUUUCUCGUAGCUACUACAACUGGAGUGAGUAGGUUUUCAUUUGAUUUCACUCGCGCACUUUGAAUGUGGUUCAGCGCUCAGUGGCUCAGGCCCGUUCAUGAUCCUUAUCCGAAUCUUAACAAUGUCCGGUGACAGAAACAUUUCUGAAUGGUGUGUUCCAGUCAGGUCUUUUCGUGUGCAGCUCAGCUGUAGACUACAGUGACUGCGUGUGCUGUAAGUGGACAAUACGUGCAGCUCUGUGAAGUCAAAAGGGCGUCAUU